UGGACUAUCUUGAUGAUAAGUUUAGGAAUUACUGCUUUCGUGACAGCUACAGCAACAGUAAAGACCGCUUUAGUAUCUAUGCUGGGAUGUCGACCGUGCAAAUUAGAAACUACAACUGAAAUUGUUGCUCGCGAGGUCCAGUUGCAAACUGGAGACCUUGGCAGCUCUUUGAGGUUAUAUGCUACUGAAACUGGAAUGCACCGAACAAUUCUCCAGUUACAGUUGCAGUUGCAGUUCCUAGCCGUAUACAGCCAAGAACGCCACUACCAGAACUGAAACUGGAGUCACCGAACAGGCCCAUAAUGUCUGCGCGAAGCAGGUGAGAAGAAGGCCGCUGCCUGUCGUUCACAAAAGUCCCUGAUAUCCAUCACCACGGUAUUAGGCAGUGAUAGCCCCAUCUAUCAGGAAAUAGCUAUGCGGCUGUUAUUGGCGCACACUUUCAAAUCCGCUCAAGGCCAAGCGUGACUUCGUUUGUUCGUGUUUUCCUCAGCCCAACACAACCACGGUUUGCGCAACCAAGAUUCAGGCGAACCAAGGUUCAACGAAGCCACCUCGUUCUUCCUCUGUUCUCUACAUAAGCCGCCAUGCCGACCCCUCGUAACUCAUCCCACAAGCGAGCUGCAUCGAUGAAUCUU